AUGGUGGCGGCUAUUGAAGACGGUACGGGAGAGAUUGCAGAGGAGGAUGGAGUUGUUGAAUCAGGGUUUGAGCAGUCUGGGAACUUUGUUGGGGAAGCCUAUGAUCCGAGUGAUUACAUCGUGUCAGCAGGCCAGUCUGAGCCAAGUGUAGAAUUGCCAAAGAAAGCAGAACUGUGUGUGAUCCAGGGGGAUAGAUUUGAGCAGGGAACAGAUGAAGUGGCGGCUAUAGAAGAGGACUUUGCCAACCUACAAGGAUUAGGGAAGCUAGAAAAGAGAGGAAGGAUUAGGAAGCUCAUCUAUGAAAGAAAGGUUGAUAUUGUGCUUCUUCAGGAGACAAAGCAAGCUUCUAUUACUGAGAAUGUUGUAAGAGCUUUGUGGGGAAAGAGAAACAUGGAGUUUAUGGCUGUGGGCUCUGAAAGGACUGCUGGGGGUCUUAUUUGUAUAUGGGACCCAGAUUUCUUUCAGCUGGAGGAUUGUUAUAGUAAUAGAAGAUUUGUUAUCUUAUCAGGUACUUUGUUAAAUACUUUUGAGUGUACUAUUGUGAAUGUGUAUACCCCUAAUGAGGUAGGAAGUAGAUGUAAAUUUUGGGACUCCUUACUCAAGCUAAAAUCUGAAUUCCAAAAACCAUGGUGUUUGGGGGGAGAUCUUAAUGAGAUUAGGAAUAUUGGUGAAAGGGUGGGCUAUUCCAGAAGAGAUAAGGGAAUGAGGGAUCUAAAUUCUUUGAUUGAGAGUUGUGAGUUGCAUGAUCUACCUUUGCUAGGCAGGAAGUUCACAUGGUGCAAUGCUCAAGAUGGGGAGAAAUGGUGUAGGAUCGAUAGAAUUCUGCUUAAUCCAGAGUGGCUGCUGAAGUAUAAUUUCAAAGUUUGGGGUCUUCCUAGGCUUUUUUCAGAUCAUUGCCCUAUUUUGUUAAUGGAUGACGUGAGGGAUUGGGGGCUUAAGCCUUUUAGGUUCAUUAAUGCUUGGACUAGUCAUCCAAGUUUUCACUCUUUAGUGGCUAAGUUUUGGCAUGAAUCUAGCAUUAUUGGGAGGGCUGGGUAUGUCUUGUUUCAGAAACUGAAAAUUCUAAAGGUGGAGCUGAAAAAAUGGAAUUUUGAAGUUUUUGGAAACCUUGUUACAAAACUCAAGAAGGCAGAGGAGGAGUUGACUGAGCUGGAGAUUGUGGCUGAAGAUAGAUCUCUGGUAGAAGCUGAGAGAUUGCUUGAUGAUAGCCAAGAAUUGAUUGUUACUGAUGUGUAG